CUUCCUAUUGAGUCGGAUCCCAGCCUUUGGGCCUCCAAACCCUUGAUUGGGAGGAGGUCGGCCUUUCCGUCCCGGAUAUCCCGGCUAAGCCAUGAUUGGGGGUCUGUUGCAUCCAAGCCCCACAAUUGCCGGUUCCUCUUCCUCCUCCGAUUACGGGCCCCAAAAUAGCCUCUGGCCUCCACUUUGGGUUGCUGUCUCCGUCCAGAGGAGUAUAAAGGGAGUUCCAAGAAAGGGAUCGGAGCAGAGAAGGAGGAGAAGAAAGAAGAAGAGAGAAGAGAGGAGAAGAAGAAGGGAAGACCCCCCACUCACCAUGAAGACCCUCGCCCUUUGGGCCCUCCUGGCCUUGGCUGCACUCGCCCUCACAGAGGCUCAAUCCGAUGCUGCCGACAACUCUCCCGACUCUGAAGCCUUUGUCUCCAAGCGGGAAAGCGCCGAAGUGGUCAAGCGGCUCAAGCGGAACUACGACAGGUGGUACCACCGUCAGGUGGCCGCGGUGCCGGCCACUCCCGACCCGUGGGAGGCCCACCGUGAGGUGUGCGAGCUGAACCCCUCGUGCGACGAACUGGCCGACCAGGUGGGCUUCCAGGAGGCCUAUCGCCGCUUCUACGGCCCCCUCUGAGCGGCAGCCAGGGCUUCUGUCCAGUCUGUCAAAAAGCAUUGAAUGGUCAAUAAAAGACGCAUUGAACGGCG